AAUUUUCAAUAUGGCUGCCCCCUUGGUACGACGAGCUUGGAACGUGUGCAGCUUGACAGCAAAGUUUGCUUGCUGAAAUAUUUGCUCGAAAAAUCCAGAAAAUGCAUCAUGAUUUCAAAAGUUUCCUGCUCGGUGCCGUUAUACUUCAGAAUAUCGCAAUCAGCACUUCGAUUAAUGCUACGUUGGAUUUUGGCGUAAUUGGGGAAGGAUUCCACAGAACCUUUGAGUACAAAGUCAGCGUUGAUGGCUUAAAGAAUCAGCAAGACUGUGCAGUAGCGCUUCACGUUUUACUACCACCAGCAAUUUAUGUGAAUGUUGACGAAAUAGCGGAUUUGCAGAGAGUCGGAAAGACCCUUGCAUGCUCAGUUGGGGAGAGAAAUGUAGAAUUGUUUGCAGAAAAGGCAGAGUCUCAAAACGUUACAAUAUGCAAUUUGCACAAAACAUGGGAGACUGUCUUAGCCCUGCCGAUUCAUCAACGCUACCGAUUCUCUCAAGAGUAUGGAGGUUACAUAGCAAUUGACAUUCCUCAACCAAAGCUGCUCCUUGGCUGCAAAGAAAGGUUGAAAGAUUAUCGUGUUUCCAAGAUUGAUCUCUGCUCACCCUGUGUUCAUUUGGCCCUCAAAUGGAGAGAAGUUCCUUUUAAAAUGAAAUUUUCGGAGAAGGUUUGGCUAAUCCCUGUGGGGAACACGACUUACUUGAAUUGUGUGUCUUACGUGACUUUGUUGGUGACUGGUCUGGGAGCAGCUGCAGUUCUGCAAACAAUGCUCAGCCUAAGGAGUAUCAGCGGUUACCCAAGAAUAAAACAGAACUAAUGAUUUGGAGUGCACUGUGAAGUUAUUUAUUCUGUGAAUAAACGAUGUAUACAGU